CGCCACCAUUUAGGAUCCUCUUUCUUGCUUCAGUCCACAGUCCCUUGUCCUUAGUCGAAUCCCUCCAUUCUCUCGUUUCUCCACUCCACACUUCACACCAACACAGCAACUCCUACAGUAACUACAAACUUCUCGUCUUCUUCACAUUCUCACAAAUCUUCUCUUAUCUCUUCUCAUAUUCCUCCUUUGGAUUCGAUUUCCAUCUGUAUAUUAUCUAAAUUCUCUCUCAGACCAUCCCUUCUUUCCACAUUCUUGCAAUGCUCCAAACCCAGUUGAUUUUCUUCUGCCAGAGUUAAUGUACGCACGCGCUCAACCGUUGACCAUGGGCGACCAGAUCGCCGACUGUGGCGACAGCGGCGAACCCUUGGAUAAUCGUCUCGUUAGAUAUGGAGCUCACUCUCUUGAAGACGGUGGUGGAGUAGGCGGCAUGGUCGAGGUUCUCAACCCCGAUGCUGUUUAUGUUCCCGCCGGUGAUGGGUCGGACUUGGCUGUUCAGCGUAGUGAUGGUUCGAAUCAGCUCACACUUUCAUUCCGUGGUCAGGUUUAUCUUUUCGACGCUGUCUCCCCUGAGAAGGUUCAAGCAGUUUUGCUGUUGUUGGGUGGUUGCGAAUUAUCUUCUGGUCAGCAAAGCGUGGAUUUGGUAAAUCCAAACCAGAGGAAUGCUUUGGACUUCCCUGGACGGAGUAGUCAACCUCAGAGAGCAGCCUCGUUAAAUCGGUUUCGACAGAAAAGGAAGGAACGAUGUUUCGAAAAGAAAGUUAGAUACGGUGUCCGUCAGGAGGUUGCUCUCAGGAUGCAACGCAACAAAGGACAGUUUACUUCUUCCAAAAAGUCGGAUGGUUCGUAUAGCCAUGGCAAUGUCUCAGAGUUAGGUCAAGAUGAAAGUCCACCAGAAACUUCAUGCACAAAUUGUGGCAUAAGUUCAAUGUCAACCCCAAUGAUGCGGCGAGGACCAUCUGGGCCUAGAUCACUUUGCAAUGCAUGCGGGCUCUUUUGGGCAAACAGGGGAACUUUAAGGGAUCUUCCAAAGAGAAGUCAGGACCAUCCGGUGACCCCAGCAGAGCAGUGUGAAAGUGAUGGUGGCAAGGACUUAGACUGCAGACAUGGUAACCAUGCGCCAAGCAAUCUCGUUUCUUUCUCCAACGGUGAUAACUCUGCUUUAAUGGCUGAGCAUUAGAAUUACGUUUGUCAAUACAGAUAUAUAUAAAAAAGGCCAUUAUGGCUGUUUCUGGCUUCAUUCAAGCAGGCCCUCGUUCUGGCAAUUUUACUACGUGGGUUGUAGAAGAAUGUACAGAUAUAGCAUUGCCUUCUAUUAAAUACGAGAAAGAGAUCGUCUCCUCAUUACUACUAA